AUGAAGUUCAUGAAGCUUGGAUCAAAGCCGGAUUCAUUCCACAUUGACGGCAACAAUGUCAGGUGUGUAGCCUCUGAUUUGGCAACUGACUUCGUUAUUAACUUGGGGAACGCGACGUUCCAUCUACAUAAGUUUCCUCUUUUGUCCAAGAGUGGCCGCUUACAAAAGCUAGUGGCGGCAUCCACAAGCGGCGCGGAAGUCUACAUCGAUGACAUUCCCGGCGGAGCUAUUGCUUUUGAAAUAUGUGCCAAGUUCUGCUAUGGCAUGACAGUCACUCUCAACGCUCAUAACGUCAUUGCAGCUCGGAGUGCGGCUGAAUACCUGGAAAUGCAUGAGACGAUUGAGAAGGGUAACCUUACUUACAAGAUUGAUGUUUUCCUAAACUCUAGCAUCUUUCACAGUAGCUGGAAGGAUUCUAUAAUUGUUCUUCAGACUACCAAGCCUUUCUUACCUUGGUCUGAGGAACUGAAGCUGCAGGUCAGUCUCUGUAUUGAUGCUAUAGCUUCCAAGGCCUCCGUUGAUAUUUCCAAGGUGGAUUGGCCGUACACUUACAACAGGGAAAAGCUUCCCGAGGAAAGCGGGAAUAAUUCUAACUGGAUGGCACCCAGGGAUUGGUGGGUCGAGGACUUGUGUGAUCUAGAAGUAGAUUUAUACGAGCGGGUCAUAGCUAACAUAAAAAAUAGAGGGAUCAUUUCUGGGGAAGCUAUUGGAGAAGCCCUCGAGGCAUACGCUUCAAGAAGGUUGCCAGGAUUGAUUAGCAGGGGCGUGAUCGAAUCGAAAUGGAAGACUCAGACUCAGACUCAGACUCGGUUGACAGUGGAUACCAUUGUGUGGCUAUUGCCUGCAGAGAAAGGCUGCGUGUCUUGUAGGUUCUUGCUCAAGUUAUUAAAAGCAGCUACUUUGUUGGAUUUGGGGGAAAUGGCAAAGAAAGAACUCAUAAGGAGAAUAGGACAGCAAUUGGAGGAGGCAUCUGUAAGUGACCUCCUAAUCCAAGCACCAGAAGGUGAAACUAGGAUGUAUGAUGUAGAUAUGGUGCGUAAAAUACUAGAGGAGUACUUUAGGCUGCAAGAUGAGAAUGCUCAUCGAGUUCAAUUAGUAGAGAGCCGUCAAAUUGUUCAGGAGAUAAGAAGGGGGGGUCGGAUUUUGUCAGAAGCAUCAAAGCUCAUGGUGGCAAAGCUGGUCGAUGGCUACCUGGCAGAAAUCGCGAAGGAUCCCAACCUCCCUUUAUCAAUAUUUAUGGAUCUCGCAGAGAUGGUGCCCAGUUUUACUCGUCCUGCUCACGAUGGCCUGUAUCGGGCCAUUGACAUGUACCUCAAGGAGCAUCCUGGGAUUAGCAAGAAGAAGAGCGAGAGGAAUAGGAUUUGCCGGCUGAUGGACUGCAAGAAGCUAUCAGUAGACGCAUGCUUGCACGCAGUCCAGAACGAGAGACUGCCAUUGCGUGUAGUGGUUCAGCUUCUCUUUUUCGAGCAGAAUAGAGCCACCAGAUCCUCGGGCAGCAGCCCCCCUAAAGGCAUUAUUAUUAAGGAUUUAAACAGCGGCUCCCACUCCCAUGGCAGCUCCAAAUCAGCAAAAACCAAUACAAAUGCAGACCAAGAUUUGGAUGCUGUGGCUCCAGCCGAGGAGAAGGUCCGGGCCCUGAAAGCUGAGGUAGCCGCUGCCUUGAGGCUGGCGAGCGACACAAACAGUAGUUCAGACACAGGAGGAGGUAAAAUGAAAGGGUUAUUGCUUAUUAUGUCUAAGAAGAUCAUUUCUAAAAUCUGGUCGACCAAGGCUCGGCAUGGCUCUCACUCGCCGGAGAGUCAGGGUACUACAGCCAACGAGGAAGAAGCUAAAACCACGCCUUUGCGACACCGGAGGAAUUCAGUCUCUUAGCAAACUAGCUAGUGAUUGAAGAAUAUGAAUUGUUUGGUGGGCUUCUUCCUUUUUUAAAAGACAUGAUAUCGGUAAGUGCAGAAUUAUAGCUUGUGUUCACUGGAAAAGAAAUGAAACAAAUAGUA